GCCGGCCAUGGCGCCGCUGGUGCUGUACCACUGGACGCAGUCCUUCUCCUCGCAGAAGGUGCGGUUGGCAAUAGCCGAAAAAGCCCUCAAGUGCGAAGAACACGAUGUAAACCUGCCACUGAGCGAGCACAACGAGCCGUGGUUCAUGCGCUUGAAUUCCUCUGGAGAAGUACCUGUCCUGAUCCAUGGAGAGAACAUCAUUUGUGAAGCAACACAGAUCAUUGAUUACCUGGAAGCAACCUUUGUCGAUGAGGGAGUACCAAGAUUAAUGCCAGAAGAAGGGAGCAUGUAUUAUCCAAGGGUGCAGCACUAUAGAGAGCUUUUAGACUCCUUGCCUAUGGAUGCCUACACACAUGGCUGCAUCCUGCAUCCCGAGUUAACCGUGGACUCCAUGAUUCCAGCCUAUGCUACCAGCAGAAUUCGUAGCCAAAUAAGUAACACAGAAUCAGAGUUGAAGAAACUUGCGGAAGAAAAUCCAGACCUUCAAGAUGCCUACAUAGCAAAACAGAAGCGCCUUAAAUCUAAGCUGCUGGAUCAUGAUAAUAUAAAAUAUCUAAAGAAAAUACUGGAUGAACUGGAAAAAGUUUUGGAUCAGGUUGAGACUGAAUUGCAGAGGCGAAAUGAGGAAACACCAGAAGAUGGAAAUCAGCCUUGGCUCUGUGGUGAUUUCUUCAGUCUGGCAGAUAUAUCACUUGCUGUCACAUUACAUCGCCUGAAGUUUCUGGGAUUAGCAAGAAGAAACUGGGGAAAUGGAAGGCGGCCCAACUUGGAAGCCUACUAUGAGCGUGUCCUGAAGAGAAAAGCAUUUUGCAAAGUUUUAGGACAUGUCAACAAUAUAUUAAUCUCAGCUGUGCUGCCAACAGCGUUUCGUGUGGCCAAGAAAAGAGCACCCAGGGUUCUCGGCACCACCCUGCUGGUCAGCGUGCUGGCAGGAAUGGGUUAUCUUGCUUUCAUGUGUCUCCGAAAGAGGUUUACCAACGUGAUACUACCAUUUAGAACCAGGCACAGUUAUUUUUAGAUCCAUCUGUCCCUGGUGGUGAGUGGAGGGCAUCUCUACAUGCCCCUGGAAAAAUUCCCCAAUAAAAUGUAAACAUAGAAGAAAGAUUAUAUCUGUAAAUUAGAGCAUUGUCACACAGUAAUCAUCUCCUGCUAUUGUAGAAUUGGACUGGCAAUGCUGAGAUACUUGGAAAACACAUGUAGGAGGGACAACAAAGGAAAGAAGAGACUUUCCCUUCAGACAAGGACUUGGAAGGGCUGUGACAGUGCUUUGUUAAAGUGGUGAUUGUCUCUUUUAUGCAGUAGCUGACCUAAUUCUAAUGCUUUUAUUUAAUACAUAUGCAGCAAUGUGAGAGCUUUUCAGUGCAGGUGAAAUGCAUUACUGUGCAGAAACCAGCACUGUUGAAAUACAGAAAAUAGCACUUACUCUUAUGUAGCUGGAGUAGGAUUUAAGUGAACAUAGGCUCUGUGCCUGGUGUGUGCUGGAGUGAAUGUCUCUGUACUGAUGAAUGUCUACUGAUUUGCAGCUGGACCUUUAGGAAUGUUUUAAGAAGUAGUGUUGUGGAGCCACUUUUGUCACUGUAUGCUGAUGCACCAGUGCAGGAAGAGACCUGAAAACACAUAUUAUAGAGUCAUCGAAUACCAAGUUGAAAGGUACCUCAAGGAUCAUCUGGCUUUCUUGGCAAAAGCAUAGUCUAGACAAGAUGGCCCAGUACUCUGUCCAGCUGAAUCUUAAAGUGUCCAGUGUUGGGGAAUCCAACACUUUCUGGGGAGAUUAUUCCAAUGACUGUUCUCAUUGUGAAAAAUUUUCCUCUUGUGUCCAGUCAGAAUCUCUCUAGGAGUAACUUGUACCCAUUACCCCUAACUUUUUUUGUAUGACUCCUUGUAAAAAGGGAGUCUCCAUCUUUGUAGCCACCCUUUAAAUACUCACAUACAGUUAUAAGGUCUCUCCUGAGCUUUCUUUUCUCCAGGCUGAACAAGCCCAGCUCUCUCAAACUUUCCUCAUACAACAGCCUUCCCAGUCCUUUGAUCAUCACUGCAGCCAUUUUCUCCAGCUUGUCCACAUCUUUUUUGUGUUGCAGGAACAUGGUAUUCCAGGUGUGACUUGAAGCGCUGAGUGGGACAACAUCUUUCUCUGUACUGGGAAUACCCUUGUUGACUUUCUUUGCCGCAGUUGCACACAGUUCACUCAUAUUGAGCUUGCUGUCCACCAGGAUUCUCAGGUCUCUUUCCACAGAGCUGCUCCCCAUAUGGAUAGGUUCCAGCUUGUGCUGCACUCUUAGAGAUUGUGUUUACCAGGGGGCAAGACCUUACACUUGUUGUUGUUGAAAUUCAAAACGUUCUUGUUAGCCCACUCUUCCUGCUUAUCCAGGUCUUCUUGCAGGGUAGCUCUUCCUUCCACAGUGUCCACUUCCUCACUCAGUUUGGUACCAUCGGCAAACUUAAUGGUACAUUUGAUCCCAUCAUCCAGAUAACUUAUGAAGACACUGAACAGUGUUGGGCCCAGUAUUGAUCCCUGAGUGACCCCACUAGUGACAAGUGCCAGGAGCUCUUUGCCACCACCCUCAGGAUGUGAUCAGCUAGCUCCUCACCCACUGCACAGACCACUCAUCAAGACAAUAACAUAACAGUCUCUAGGAAGCUUUAGGAAACCAUAUUGAAAGCCUUGGAGAAAUCCAGGUAGGCAGAGUCCACAGUUCAGUUUGCCCCUGUUGAAUUCGUGCUGGCUUUUCCCAGUUAUGUGCUUGGUUUGACUUGUGAUAGCCCACAGGAGGAUUUGUUCCAUAACCUUCCCAGGAAUUAAUGUAAGAUUGAUGGACCUGUAAUUUCCAGGAUCCUCCUCUGGGCCCUUCUUGUAGAUGGAGUGACAUGAGCCUUCUUACAGUCUUCUGGGAUGUCUCCCAGUCUCCAUGACUUUUCAGAGAUUAUUGACAGCAGCCUUGCAAUGACAUCAGCCAGCUCUCUUCACACCUUCAGGUGGAUAUUGUCAAUGCCCAUCAAUCUGUAGGGGUCAAGCUCCUGUAAUAGUUCAUACAAUAACUCAUAUUUCACUGAUGGUGGAUCUGUGUCUGUGUCAACCUGGAUUUCUCAUCCCAAGACCAGGGGCCCAACAGUGCUGGUAAAGACAGAGGUGAAGAAGGUGUUGAGAAUCUGCGUAUUCAAUCUUGGUAACUAAUUUCCCUUUCUUGCUUAACAGCAGGCCAGUGUUUUCCUUUUGUUUAUGCUUCUUAAUGUACCUGAAGAACCCUUUCUUGUAGUUCUUGACACCUUUGGCAAGUUUCAGUUCAAGCUGAGCUUUUGCUUAUCUAACUGAGUCACUAUGCACCCUGGAAAUGCCCUUGUAUUUCUCAAUAGUUACUUGUCCACUUCUCCAUCUCUAGUAUGUCGUCUGGUUUUGAGCGUACAUCAGUGAUGUGUGGGCCACAUGAGUGAGAUUCUCCAGAGACAUCAGCAGUCAACAGAUGCUGAAAUACAAAUGGGAGUAAAAAACCUGAAACUUGUCUUUUGAAAGCUUUUUGGGUAGGCUUUGGCUCAGCCAUGUCCCCAGCUCAGCUGUAAGCCCUGGGUGAGUCAACCCAAACUAUCUAUUUUGGUGCACAUUUAUUGCUUUCAGUGGGGUGGCUUGAUAGAGUUGUCUCUGUAUCAGUGUCCCAUGUACCCUUUCUUGUUUCCACCCUGAGCACUAGCUAUAUCUUGCACACUACUUGGCUAUGUUAGCAAUGGCACAUGGCUCUGUAAAAUGUUUGCCCACAAUGUGCCACAGCCAACUAGAAAACGUAUGCACAACAAUGCAUUUUGUAGAAGUAGUUUAAAAUAGUUCACUAUAUUUCAGUCUGGUUAGGCAGCCUAGACUGACGGUGGAACUGUAGUUUAGCAAUCUGUUUACUUAUGGAGAGGUGUCAUAUUGGUGGUAAGUGAAAAUACAUGUCAGUUUGGAGACAAAUUAUUUGUACUGAAGAUUUUUUGCAAAGCUGCACUCUUGCAGCGUGUAAGAAAGGUGUAGAAAAACACUUUGAUUACUUCCCACUACUCAGCAGAUGCUGAGAGUUUUAUUAGGUUUGAAAUGAUCUCCUAGUUCAAUGAGAAGCGCAUAAUUACCUGGAAUAGACUUUGAAACAUUUUGCAGCAAGAAAUCAAUUGUGAAGGGCUGAAAAGUCUCAUGACAGUUUAGUAAGAUUUUUGUAUUCUUGAUGAAUGUCUGAAAGCCUCAGAAUUUUGUUUACAAGCUGUAAAUAACUGCCACAAGCAAAACUUAGCUUUAAAUAGCCUAAGAACAUUUUAGAUCCAGUGCUGGUGGCAUUGGUCUUUCUGCACACAGCAGAAAGAAGAUCCUCUCUCAAGUUUGCUGGAGAGAACUGAAGCAGCUUCUGCCUGGGCAGUCUCACCAUCUAGCACAUAUCAAAAUGGAUAAAAAAGUUGAAUACUCCUACUCAUAAUUUAAUAUUGUGCUAGUUGUCUAGCAAAAGAAGACCUAAAUCUCAUUGCUCCUUUUCAGUAACAAGAAACAUCUUACCUAAGAAACAACGCUUUAUUUCAUUUGUUAAAAGGACAGUUUUAUAUAAUUCUAUUUCAUGACCCAGUUGUCCUCAAGAACUUGUUGAAUUAAAUAUACUCUGUUUAUGAAAGCUUUAGAGUAAGCUUAAUCCAACGGUACUAUUAAUGUGCUGUCAGCUUCAGCUGAGUUUGUUUUUUGUGUAUUGCAGUUCAUCUGCAUUUACUUGUAACAAACAAAUUCCACUAAGUUUAGCACAAAGUAAGGCCUGUAACUUAAAUGCUUCCCUGGCAUGUGUUCCUGUCAGGCCAUCUGUAGAGCUUAAUCUGAUCAAGUCAGGGUAAAAUUCAAUAUAUAUGAUUUAGCUUUCUUUAGAAUUGAUUUAUAUUUUUCUUUCCUCCUUUUUUAAUGCAAUGGUUAUAAAUAAGACACUUCUAUUCCCAGAGGUGUGCCGGUUUAGUUCACACUAGAAGUCCUGUGGGCUGUGAUACAAAUUAUCAAUGAAACAGUUCUACUUCCUCCCAGACCUCAGUGAUCUCUGCCAGGAGCUGCAGAUACUGUUGGGAAGGAUUGAAGUGACCACCAGAUGUCAGUAGUCCUCCAGGGCUACAUUUUGGCAUGCCUCUGAGGUGUGCAGGAAACACUAGUUUUCACAAACAUAAAUGUGAUCUCAGUGUAAGAUGGAUGUGAGCAUCCUCUUCAGACUGGUAGUCUCUUAAGAGCUCUUGAAACAACUGCUUUGGUCUAUCACAGGUAGGUUCUCUGAUGCCUGUGAAUUAUACUUGUGUGUAGUUUUGACACUGGAUAAGUAAGAGGACAAAGUUGAAGUAAUAUUUCACAUUAAAAUGAAUGUUACUGAACAGCAAUUAAACUUGUCUGCAGGAAUGAAUGUGAAUAAAACUUGUACUGUGGAGAAGUUUGGAUCUCUGAUUUAAUUCAUGUUUGUUACUUCAGCUAUUUGAAGCCUCCUUAUUUUUACUGCCCUGAAAUACUCUGUGCAACAUUGAUUUCUGUACAGGUGGCAGGAAAAGGCUUAUCCAUGAUUAAAUUCCUCAAAAUAGGAUGAGAUUUAGAAACACAUAUGCUGUAUUUCGCUCUUUGCACAGGAUAGCUUUUGUGUGGUGCUUGUAAAGUUUCUUUUCAGCCUGCCUUAUUUUCCUUGCUGUGGUACCUCUCUUUACUAUUUAGAUUGGAUACACAAGCCAUCUUCCAGUUUUUAUUUCCUGUUUGUUCUCAUAUCAUGCAUCAGAUAUAUUUCAUAUCUUUUUAUGUGGAACGUG